CGUAUAUGUAUGUAUAAUUUGGGCUAGAGCAAUGGAGUCGUUGUUGAAGGACUUUGAUAUUCCGGCGAAGAAUCCGUCGGAGGAGGCGCAGAGGCGGUGGAGAUGCGCCGUCACCGUCGUGAAGAACCGCCGGAGACGGUUCCGCAUGAUCGUGGAUCUCGCCAAGAAAUCCGAAGCCAAGACUAAGCUUCUCAAAAUCCAGAUUCCAACUUUGGAUUACCAAUUUUCAUUCGCAAAUGGUGCGCUAACUGUGCGUGUUACCUUACGUCCUCAACCAUAUAUGAAAAUUGGUUGAUAUUCCGGCGAAGAAUCCGUCGGAGGAGGCGCAGAGGCGGUGGAGAU